AUGAAAUUAUAUUGUAGUUCAAUAUUAUGUUCAUGGAUAUAUUGUUUAAUAAGUUUUAUUGAUACUCUUAUGUUUGCUUUAACAGGAUAUAUGGAUGUAUUUACAUUUCGAUUAUUAAUAUUUCUUGCUCAUUUUGUUGUUUUAAUUGCAGAAAUAUUAUUUCUAUUUAUUUUAAUACUUUGUUCAAAAGGUUAUUUAAUUGUAAAAAUUCAAUUGAGAAACAGAGUUAUUACUGAAAUAAUAUUAAUUAUUCUAUUAUAUCUAAGUGUGCAGAUCAGUAUUCUUAUUAUGAUGAUCAUAUUUGUUGAUCAAAUAUUUAUUAAUGAAAAAAUAUUUCCUAUAUGUGAUUAUAUUCAAAUAAUUCUGUAUUUAUUAGUUUAUAUCUGGUUUUUAAUUAAUGCAAUUACGAUUUUAUUAAAUAUUCUCAAUAUUUUACCAAAUCCUCAAGUAACAAUUUCUAAAGCAAUUCAAAUAAGUAACCAAUGUUUAGCAUAUUGUAUUUUUCUAUUUAUUCUUCGAAAAAAACAUUUUUUCUUACAAACUAAAUUAAAUCAAAUUAAUAUAACAUAUGUUCAUUCAAUAACAUCAAAAUCUCAUUCGAAUCAAAUAUCAACAAGAGAAAUAGUCAGUGAUAUUAAUUCAUAUGAAUUCACUGAUUUAUGUUAUGAUGAAGUUAAUACAUGGGUAUCCAGAUUUCGAAUACCAUUUAAAUCUUCUGAAUCACUUCCUCGACUUGAACCACGUCGAGAUGUAAAAUUAAAAUCUCUAGCUAAAUCAUCUCAAUCUUCAAUGUGUAUUGUUCCACGUCGUUUAGCAACACUUAAUUCAAAUGAUCAAUUUUAA